AUGGGAGUGUGGGAUAGUUUAAAGGAGCUUCGGAAAUACUCCAAUCAGUAUUUGGCCGCUUUCACCGGAACGCUGCUCAUGUUGUCGGUGGCGGCCGCUUACGGUUGGACAUCCCCAACACUGCCCAAGCUGCUGGCGGAUGACUCUCCGCUACCACUGACGCCGGACGAAAGCUCCUGGGUCGUGUCGAUCCUGGUGCUCACCUCGAUCGCCGGUCCGGUGCUAUCGGCGUGGUUGAUCGACCGAUUCGGGCGCAAACCAACGCUCCUGAUCGCCGUGUUGCCCAGCAUCGUCGGAUGGGUGCUGAUCGGCGUGGGAGACUCGGUGGCGGUGCUGUUUGUGUCCCGCGCGCUCAGUGGCAUUUCUUACGGUAUGGCGUACUCGUCAAUGCCACUGUACCUCGGCGAGAUCGCGUCCGAUCGGAUACGCGGCUCGAUCGGUACGUUGCUCACCGUGAUGGCCAAAACCGGCAUCUUGCUCGAGUACUCCAUCGGCCCGUACGUGGGCUACACUACGCUGGCCUGGAUAUCGAUUGCGUUUCCAGCGAUCUUUUUCGGUCUCUUCAUGUGGUUGCCCGAGUCUCCGUACUACCUGCUCGCGAAGCAGCGCACCGAGCUGGCGGAGAAGAACUUGCGCUGGUUGCGCCGAUCGAAUGAUGUGGAGGGCGAACUGAAGAUGAUGCAGGCAGCCGUCGAACGAUCGCAGCAAAACCGGGGCACGUUCCGGGAUCUGCUGAACCGUGGCAACCGGCGAAGUUUGAUUAUCAUUCUCGGGCUGGGUGCGCUGCAGCAGCUCUGUGGGAGCCAGGCCGUGAUCGCCUACUCGCAGCAAAUCUUCGACCAGGUUAACAUCGGCCUGGAGGCGCACGAAUCGUCCAUCAUUAUGGCCGUCAUCCAGCUGGUAACGGCGGCCCUUUCCUCGUCGAUCGUGGACCGUGUUGGAAGGCGGCCGCUGUUGCUGGUUUCCACUGUGGGGUGCGCCGUCGGGACGUUCAUCGUGGGGCUGUACUUUUUCCUCGUCCAGCAGGAAGUGGACCUUGACGGGAUCGGGUGGAUCCCGUUGGUUGUAAUUAUGGUUUACAUUAUAUUCUAUACCGUCGGGCUGGCCACCGUGCCGUUCGCCAUUCUGGGCGAGAUAUUUCCCGCCAACGUUAAGGCGGUCGCAGUCGCCCUCUACACGAUGUUUGCCGGUGCGGUCGGUUUCGGAGUGUCCAAGUUGUACCAACUCAUCUCGGAUGAGGCUGGCACGUACCUGUCGUUCUGGAUCUUUGCCGCCUGCUCGGCCGGUUUCGUGGUGUUUGUGUUUGCGCUCAUCCCCGAGACGAAGGGGAAACCGCUCGAUCAGAUACUGAUCGAAAUGAACACCUCCACCAACCGGAACAUCAACUGCUUCCGGCGGAGCAAGCGGAGCGAGGAGCAAAAGCAAGUGCCAACCGAGGGCAAUCUUGCGAAUGCUUAA